AAUUCACCGGAAUUGAUGAGGUGUACGGAAGCAGUGCUUAAGGGCUUCAUCAUGAAAGUGGACAGAGUUGGCAUUGUCCUUUUUGCACUGUCGUGUUUCCUGUGCUUAGUAGUACAUGGAAAUGAAGACAAGAAGAAGUUACAGAUUGGAGUUAAGAAGCGUGUUGACAAUUGUCCCAUCAAAUCCCGUAAGGGGGACACCCUCCAUAUGCACUACACUGGGAGAUUGGAAGAUGGGACAGAAUUUGACAGCAGCAUUCCACGGAAUCAGCCUUUUACCUUUACUUUAGGUACCGGCCAAGUGAUCAAGGGUUGGGACCAAGGACUACUUGGGUAUAGUACAUAA